CAUUAUCUGAGAACUUGUUAUUUCAGUCUCUCAUUUCUUCAACACAAAGAAGGAAAAGAAUUUACACUUUAAAAAAGAAGCUCCAUCAUUACAACAGGAGAAAAGUUAUCAAAAUGUAUCCGCAACCCUGUUAGAAGAAUACUCAAAUACCUGGAGUCACAUUAGGUUUUUCUCUAGCAUUGAUUUAGCCAUAUUUUGUGAAUACACUUACAGAUAGGAUUGCUAUACAUAAUGUAAGUAUGUAUGCACACAGAAGCAGAGUGUCUAUAGCACAGAAAUAAAUCAGAUCUUUAGACCUCUGAAGGAUUCCAGUACUGCCUGUCACUGUGCGAUUAGCAGGUUUUAAAAGAAUAUACAGCAAAUAGCUAAACCAGCCAAAAAGAAGAGUACCAUCACUUAGUAACAGUAGAACAGAAUACUCCACAUUACUGAGAUGCCUCCCUCUAACUUUUCUAACACUUUGGAAACCAUUAACUUGAAAUACAUUAACUUUCAUCCUUGCGGUAAAAGGUGCAUAUGUUUAUUCUCAGAACUCACAGCUUUACUUGGGAGACUGAAAGACUACUUGAUACAGAUGCCAUGUGAAGCCUAAUUUAAAAGAGAGGUGAUCUGGGUCACAGUUCUGUAAGGUGCUGAGUGCUUCUGAAGUGGUGCUGAAUGCUAUUGAUUGCCAUUAUUUUGGGGCAGUCCAGGAUAUUCAGAUUUGGCAGGAUCUGAACCAUCAUAAAUGAGCAAGAUAAAUGGGUAAUAAAAAAAAUGCAAAUCAAGAAAAUUCUGUUAUCCUGGUGAGACCAGCUGGCUUGGCAGCUGUCUGUCUGAGCUUUGCUGAAUAUGCUGUUGCAGCGUUCUACCCUGGAUGUUCCUCUCCUCAGAUUGUCAUCAAAUUUACAGCUGCUGCUUGCAUCCUGCUUUUAACUAUCAUCAACUGUCUCAACGUGAGGUUGGCGACAUCUAUUAUGAACAUUUUUACAGCUGCCAAACUCUUGGCUUUGCUUGUGGUUGUGGUGGGAGGAUUGGUGCUGCUUGCCAAGGGACAAACUCAGAGUUUUCAGAAUGCUUUUGAAAACACGACUGCAGGUAUUGGGCCCAUUGGAGUGGCAUUUUAUCAGGGACUGUGGUCCUAUGAUGGGUGGAACAACCUGAACUACGUAACUGAGGAACUGAAGAAGCCUGAGGUGACCCUUCCAAGAGCCGUGAUGAUUGCUAUUCCUUUGGUGACAUGCCUGUAUUUACUAGUAAAUGUGAGCUACUUUGCAGCCAUGACUCCAUCUGAACUGCUGGCUUCAGGAGCAGUGGCUGUCACUUGGGGGGACAAAGUCCUGGGCAGCUGGGCAUGGCUGAUCUCCUUGUCUGUGGCACUAUCUACAUUCGGUUCAUCGAAUGGCACGUUCUUUAGCGGAGGCCGCUUGUGCUACAUUGCUGCAAGGGAAGGACAUAUGCCAGACAUUCUGUCUAUGGCUCAUGUGCGAUGCCUCACACCCUCCCCUGCUCUGAUAUUUACAUCCGCUAUGUCUUUAGUAAUGAUACUAUCAGGAAACUUCACCACCAUCGUGAACUUUUUCAGUUUUAUAGCAUGGUUUUUCUAUGGCAUGACUAUUUUGGGUCUUCUGUAUUUAAAAAUCAAGAAACCAGAACUGCCAAGAUCUUACAAGGUCCCAAUUAUCAUCCCCAUAAUUGUGCUGAUGGCGGCUGUUUACUUGGUGUUAGCUCCCAUCAUUGAUCAACCCCAGAUUGAGUUCCUCUACAUCGUCCUGUUCAUUUUCAGUGGCAUCAUUUUUUACUUUCCCCUGGUUCGCUUCAAGUGCCACCCCCGCUUUUUACAGAGAGUUACUUUACAUCUCCAGUUGUUUCUGGAAGUUGCUCCAACUGCUAAGAAUGCAAACUGAGAUAACAUCCUCCUAGGGUAUAGCUGGCUGCCCCUGCUGAUUUAUUCCAACACCUUGGUUUCCAGGCUCUGCCGUGAAAUAUUUUUCUGUGAAGGAGAAUGAGUACAGUGAAAGUGAAACCAAAAUGUCUAGCUAAGAGAGACUAAAGUCACUACUCCUCACAUGUUUCCUUGGGUCUCUCUAAAAUGUGGGGACAUGUUUUUCAGCUCUGCCUUGGCACAUUGCAUGCAGGUUCAAAAAGAAUAUAUGCUUCUUCGUUUUCUGUCCUGGGAAGAAGUGCCCUCCAAAACCUUAGCAUUUAGUUUUCAAGGCAACAGGCAACAGAAGACUGUCAAUGAAAUACUGUUCCUAUAGCAGUCUGUGGUCCUAAGCCAUUCCUGGCAAUGCCUUUAAUUACUUCCACCUAGUUCUGCCCACGGUGACCGCAGAGCUUCUCAGAUAAAUAAAACAUAGGCAAAAGAGACAUUUUCACAACAAAAAAAGCCUUUCCACCCAGGUGUCUGCUCUGGGACCACAGAUUGUUCCUUCCAGCCUCAGAUGCACAAUCACAACAGUUCUUUCCCUGACUUAGCAUGUGCUCCCACCACAUUUUAGGCCAAAUCCUCCUACAUCUCCCAUUAAAAAAAAGCUCUGACUGAGAUUGGAAGUGCUUUAAAGCUCUAUUAGUUUACUCAUCUGAGAAUGCAUUUGUCAUCUGGGAUCCACCCAUUCAUAGUGAGGACACAGGCUACAUCACUCAAGUACUGGCAAUUACCCAAUACCCUUCCUACAAUUCCCCCAAAGACAUAAAAUUUCUCUUGACUGAGUGAGAAAAAGAAAAUUCUACAGCAUAUGGGCUAGCAACAUAUUCUUGUUGUGAAUUAGAGAAACCACAUACUGGGCUACAUUAGGACAAGUGUGGCCAGCAGAUCAAGGAAAUAUACCUUGAGACUGUGAGGACACACCUGGAAUACUGCAGCCAGUAUUGGGCUCUCCUGUUCAAGAGGCAGUUGUGAAGAUGACAGAGCCAGGUCCUUCUUGAUAGUGGCAACUAGGAGUAACAGCCACAAGUUAUGGUUUGAGAUGUUCAGACUGAAAUUCAGGAAAAUUUCUUCACCAGCAAGGAAGUGCAGCCUUAGAGCCAUGUGCAGGGAGGUGGUGAGAUCUCAGUCAUUGUAGGUUUUCAAGACACAGCCCUCUCAACCAAUUGCUACGAUUCUAAAGUUACAGCACAAAAAAAUCAUGGGCUGUGCUCUCACCCAAAUCUGACACACUGCAGUCACUGUUGCUUUCCAUUAUCAUGAAUCACAACCUUCUUUCUCUUAUUAUAGGAGAAGAAAGAUAUAUGCUUUUUUCCACCAUUUGUGCAGAUUGGUCUGGGAUGGAGGCCUGGCCUGUCAUAGGCUAAAAAGAUCUAGAUGCUAAUCCCUAAAAUAUCUUGUGGUAUCUCAAAAUAGCAAAUCGUUACUCAAGUCCAUUCUCUGUCUCUCAGCAUUUGUUCUAUGGAUUUGCACCUAACACUGCAUUCCUGGAACAGGGUCACUUGGUCCUCCAGGAUUCCUCCUGCGAAUCUCAAAGAGCUGCAUAUCUGAUUACAGGCUCAUUCUGCAGUGCCACUCCCUCCAUUCCCCUGAGUAGUCAUACCAUCAGCUACAGAUAUGCAAGAACAGUCUUUUUUUUCCAAAUUUAAAGUAUGAUAAUAGGAUCUGGAAGUUGUUGCUCAUCUUCUAAAUCAAGGGAUUAAUUUAGCUUAAAUGCCAUCUAGCAGGAUUUCCAUCCACUGGUGUUUACAUGAGUCAACACCAAAGAUGAAUGAAGAAACAAUUUUCCCUCCUGAAUCCUAUGACAAUGUGAAAAGCUUGUGAUAUAGUUGUCUGGUGACACCUUGUCUUCACUCUCUUCAACUUGAUGGAGAGUAUGUAGAAGGUCUAUUUUGUCCUGAAAGGACCAAGAAGCUCUUCAUUAACUUCCAUGCUCUGCGCCAGCCUCCUCAUCUGAUGUCAGCCAAGCUACUUAAUGUAGCUGCAUCUCAGCUACUUAUAUAAAAAUGGGUAUAUUAUCUCUCUGAUUAUCAUUUUUUUUUGGAAACCAUCUCUGUUUCCUACACAAAUUUAUAAAGCCUCGCACAUGGAGCCAUGCUUUCUACAGUCCCAUGCAAAAAAGGGAAUUUAGAGGCUUAUUUAAAGGUUAGACACGCACAAUAUUUGUGGCCUUAGCCACCUAUCAUUGUGCACCUAAGUACAAUCAUGGCUGGAUUUUGUCUACAUAGGAUUCUUGUGGGACAAGAGUUAUUACCACUGUUUGAUAUUAUAGAUGUAUGGUAUACUACAGAUGCUGAGCAAAUGAAAGGAUGGAUUAAGUGGCUUUCUCAAAGUGUGGAAAAUGCGACUGUUUCUCCCAAGGUCCAGUCUUACUCUGUAGCCCAUCCUUCCUCUCUGUGCACCUAUGAAGUACAAAUAAUAGCAAUGAAUGCAGACAGACUCAACGCUUUGGAUAAGUAACCUUUAUAUAUUAUUGGUUUGUGUAUGGAUGCAGAGGAGCUGAAAAGCAACAAGUAUCAUUUUUUGUACCAAUUUCAUUUUCUAUAGCUGUUAUUGUUAUGAGAUAUUCCUUUUAAUUAUGUUGCCUAGGGUUUACAAGUGGAGGUAUUUCUAAUGACAAAACAAGAUGCUGAAAGCUCAUAGAAUGACAAGAUAAUUACAAUAAAAUGGACAUUAAAAUGAA